CCGCUCACGCCGAGUUCUCCACUCGGCAGAGAGAAAGAACAGGCUUUCUUCUCCUUUCUUGUCCGCCGGGUGCAUUUGUGAGUGGCACACUGUGACAGUCAGCGUGACAGGCAUCGCUGGAGCGCCGCAGAGUACCAUAGCACCACGGCUGUGUUUGGCUUUUUCAAGUAAACUCGCCUUCACUGAAAAACAUGUUACGACGGAAGCCAUCCAACGCCUCAGAGAAGGAGCAGGGUCAGGUGCAGAAGAAGAAGCUGACACUGCAGAGAUCCAGCAGUUUUAAAGACUUUAUGAAACCCAAACCAUCUUCACCUGUAAUGUGUCCUGAUCCCAUCCUGAAUGAGAUGGUGCCAGAAGGGCCAGAAGACUCGGGGAAACACAGUGGGAAGCUGGGAAAGAAAUGGCGGAACGUCAUCACUCGUACAAUGACUCGCAAGACAUCCAAGAUGGUACAAAAAGUUCUUGCAGAGGAGGGGACCGAGAGUGGAGAGGAAGGCUCAAUGUCACCCCUGUCUCCUGACGGGAUCCCAGACCUGGGUACGGGGAACAGGAUGUCCGUGUGCUCCAACAGUUCUGAGGACACCAUGCACUCUCCUCUGUCCCGCCAGCUCUCUGGAUGUGGAGACAGGCAAAGCCUGGACAGUGGCUUCAGUCAGAGGUACAGCUUUGACGGCCCCUACAUCGGACGGGCCCUCGUUCAUACUGACUUCACUCCCAGCCCGUAUGACGUCGACUGCCUCAAACUCCAGAAAGGCGACAUCAUCCAGAUCAUCGAGAAACCACCCGUGGGCACCUGGACCGGUAAACUCAACAACAAAGUGGGAUCCUUCAAGUUCAUCUAUGUCACCAUGCUGCCGGAGGAGGACACGCCGCCCAGGAGGAAGAGGUGUCAAAGCCAGGGACAUCGCAACCGACCCAAACCCCAAACCCUGGACGAGCUUCUGGACAGGAUCGGUCUCGCUGAGCUUGGAUCUCUUCUCUCCAUGCAUGGUUUCCAAAGUUUGGAGGACUUUGGAGCCCUGAAGGAGUCCCACCUAAACGAACUGAAUAUCACAGAUCCCGAGCAACGCACCAAGAUAUUGACAGCCGCCGAACUGCUGCAGGACUCCGAGUCUGAGGAGGAGACCGGUGGUGAUGAGCAGAAGGGCGAUGUACCGCGCGACUCAGGCUGCUACGAGAGCACCGAGAUCCUGGCGAACGGGCGCGAGGAGACCGAAACGCUCCUGGGGCCCGAGGAGGACCCUAGGACAGACUCACAGCUGGGCGCAAUACAGGAGCAGCUGCAGGUCCUGGACGUGAAGGAGGAAUCCUGAGCCCCGUGCGAUGAGUCAGUGCUGGAGAACUCCACAGUCACUCACUGCGGACUCCCUCCGUCUCACUCACGGCUCCAGAGGAUCUUUCGUGAGCUUUGUAGCAGCAAACUUCCAUGACAAACAUAUUUCAGAUGCACAUGGAUACCCAUGUGCUUGACUGUAAUGUUUAUGACUUCAUGUUUGAAGGAAAGUCUUUAAUAUUGAAUUAUAGCUAAAUAACUGAUUUUAAUUAUAUUAAUGGACAGUGGCUAUUCCGUUGCCUACGAUUUUUACAUUUCUGACAUCUUGAUAGUUUUUUUCAGUGUUUCAAUGGCUUUUGUAUACAUAUGAACAGAAAUUUACAGCACAUCUUUAGUUAUUCGAGGGCAAAGUAAUCAGUCAUUUCUGUUGUUAUAGCUAAUCUAUAAUUCUUUAAUAUGAUGAUAUAUAUGGUCUUAUAAGAUAUAUGAUCUUUAUACUACAACAAUGUAUUUUAAAGCGUGUCAUUUUCAUUAUGAAUGUACAACCCAAAGGUAUUCUUCUGCUUACUAAGAAUUUUUGUUUUUCACAAACAUUGUGUGGUGUCUUGAGACACUAUUGUGUGUUGACGGUUGUGUUGAUAUGGGUGGAGGUUCCUUACGUGUUCCAUUUAUAAACACCUGUGUGCACUGUUGUAUAUAUAUAUGUUGUUUGUUUUUUUGUUUUUUUGUUUUUUUUCCACAGUUUGGUUUGUGUUCUCUUAGCCUGUAAUUGUGACAUGGUCUGCGAUUUGUUUUCAUGACGCUUUGUUUUGAAUAAAUUUUUUAUGAAAAUGGGUAA